AUGGCGCAUCGGGAAGAGAAGGAGCUGCGGGAAGAGAUACAGAGGGAGAAGAGCGGUCCAUCGGCCGUCGAGAACGACUCGUCGAGCGAUGAUGAGCCGCUGGGAGAGGUGACGCGGGGCCGGUCGCGCGCGGCGACGAUUCGGGCGCAGACGCCUGCCCCGCCGGGUCAGGAGAGCCGGCAAGGGCGACGACGUUAG